AUGUCGGAUGAUAUGUUGAUACAUUUCUCUUCGAACUCUUCGAAUCAAUCGGACCAGUCCCUGCCGACGAAAAUGGCCAAGCUGGAAGCUCGCUUGGUCGGCAAGGCUCCUUCUGUUGCCCCAGCUGCGUCGCAGCAACCUCAACAGCAGCAGCCCACUUGGCAAUCGUUACCUCUCGGGGCAAAAUUUGGGCCCGCGGAGGAAUUGGCAGGUUCCAGUGAUUCCGAUGAAGAUAAUCAAGGUGAGUUUCUUAUACAAGCAAACACCCAGAAAAGGCAAAGACUGCAAGAAGAUGGUGAUUCAUCUGUUUCGGCGCAUCUUGCGAAUCAAACAACUGACGGAAGGCAAAAAGUUGGCGAAAAUGUGGAGAUGAAAGCUAUUGUUGAAGUACAGAAGAGAAAGCAAGGUCGCAGUAGGGGCAAUUCGGUGUCAAGUAGAGCUCGUGGUUCCAGAGUUGCUGAUCAAACAAAAUCACAAGUUCCCGCUUCAACAGUUAUCCCUUCGGUUAUAAAUGGCCAGCUUGAAAAUUGUCAAAAGGAUCAGAGGCCCAAAGAGCACUUCCUGAACAAUGAUCAUUCUUUGUUACAGGAGGAGAUCACAUCAUUACGUGCCACAGUUGCAGCUCUAGAGGAGGAACUUCAUAAAUCUCGUCAGCAUGCCAAUGAUAGUCAAAAUCUUUGCCAUCAGCUGGAAAAGGAACUAAAGGAACUAAAAGACAGCGAACAGCAAAUGAAGCCAAAGAGAUUAAAGAUUAUAUCUGAUCUGCUGAUAUCAGUUUCGAAAGCAGAGAGGCAAGAAGCCAGGAUGAAAGUCCGGCAAGAUUCUUUAAGACUUGGCAAUGUUGGUGUAAUUAGAACUGGAACAAUCAUAUCAGAGACUUGGGAGGAUGGACAAAUGCUGAAAGAUCUAAAUGCUCAUAUGAAGCAAUUAUUAGAAACGAAGGAGGCCGUUGAUCGUCAACGCAAAUCAUUAAAGAAACGACAAUCUGACAAGGGUGAAGCAGCAGAUGCAGAAUCUGGAACACAUGAAGAGGAUCUUCUCAUUCAGGAUGAAAUUCUCAAAUCUCGUCUGGCAAGCAUCAAGCGUGAGGAAGAAGCUAUGUUACGUGAGAGAGACCGAUAUGAGCUUGAAAAGGCUCGACUAAUUCGUGAAAUGAAACGUAUACGAGAUGAGGAUGGGUCUCGCUUCAAUAAUUUUCAGAUUUUAAAUAACCGUUAUGCGCUACUGAACCUUCUUGGAAAAGGAGGAUUUAGUGAGGUUUACAAGGCUUUUGAUUUGGUGGAGCACAGAUAUGUUGCAUGUAAACUCCAUGGUCUGAAUGCUCAGUGGAGCGAGGAUAAGAAGCAAAGUUAUGUCAGGCAUGCAAUACGGGAAUAUAACAUUCACAAGACCCUGGUGCAUAAUCACAUAGUUCGGCUUUGGGAUAUCUUUGAGAUUGAUCAGAAUACAUUCUGCACUGUUUUGGAAUACUGCAGUGGUAAAGAUCUUGAUGCUGUUCUUAAAGCAACACCCACGUUGCCUGAGAAGGAAGCACGGAUUAUUAUUGUCCAAAUAUUUCAAGGUCUUCUCUACCUGAAUAAAAGGGCACAGAAGAUCAUUCAUUACGAUUUGAAGCCUGGGAAUGUGCUCUUUGAUGAAUUUGGUGCUGCAAAGGUUACUGAUUUUGGUCUCAGCAAGAUUGUAGAAGAUAACGUUGGAUCUCAAGGAAUGGAACUUACAUCACAGGGAGCUGGGACAUACUGGUACUUGCCACCAGAAUGCUUCGAGCUCAACAAGACACCUCUAAUAUCCUCAAAGGUUGAUGUAUGGUCAGCUGGGGUUCUAUUAUAUCAAAUGCUCUUUGGCAGAAGGCCGUUUGGACAUGACCAGUCCCAGGAACGAAUAUUACGUGAGGAUACAAUCAUCAAAGCUCGGAGGGUUGAGUUUCCUAACAAACCCACCGUCUCCAACGAGGUGAAGGAGUUCAUCCGGCGGUGUCUAACAUACGACCAGACAGACAGACCAGACGUUCUGUCCGCUGCUCAGGACCCAUAUCUCACAUACUUAAAGAAGUAG